GAGUAACGGAAUACAUGUACUGCCGUUACGUAUUUAAAAUACAAAAUAUGAGUAACUGUAUUCCGUUACAGUUACCGUUUAAAAAGGUGGUAUUUAGAAUACAGUUACUUUGUUGAAAUAAAUGGAUUACACGGCGGUACUUUCCUGUUUCAUAUUGUGGCGGGUCAGGACUGUUUGGGUUUUGUUUGACAGCUAUGUUCUGUUGAUCCAGGCGGCAGCGUUAUGGUUUCCAUGGUUACAGGGUGCCGCGCGCUCUCUCUGCGACUGUGUGUUUCCUGGGUGAGAGAGCGCCUUUUUGUUGUUGUUGUUGUUGUGCUAAGCUAAUAGGCAGAGUGUUACAGGCAUAGCCCUAAAGAAUGUAGCCUCAUGGGCAGUGUAGUCCGUGCUGCAGGGAGAAUGGACUGCCAUAUCCGUUAUGUGUCUGUGAGCGAGAGGAGGGAGAAAAAGGAGAGUGAAAAAGUAGGAGCUGUCAUCGAGCAGAAACGGGAGCUGGAAGUAUGUAAAUAUAAUAAUAACCACUGCAGCCAAGAAGAGUGCCUGACGAGCCCAGUUUUUUUCACAGACAUCAUUCUCAGCAUUGAUGAAACUCCUUUUAAAGAUAAGGGAACAUUAAAGAACAUUGUUGAAAGCAGGAAGGAUUGUUACUCCUACGAGAAGAAAGGUUCCUGUUACAGAGUGAAAGGAACCUUUGAACAGCUGGACAAACUUGUAAGCAGAUGCCAAAGAGCGACCGAUCAUCACAGUACUGCUACACAUGGACGGACAGGUCAGCACAGUCAUCACGCUUCCACUCGUGUCAAAUCUGUGGAAGUUUCUUGGGUUGUUAUGGACUACAUUAAUAAAAAAUGUGGAGAAAAACUUGGAAAAAUUCUUGGAAACUGUUCACUGGUCCCUGUACCACAGUCUGACAUCACUGCACGGAUUACUUUCAGACCACAGAGUGACUCGCUCCACCAAAUUGCCUUUGUCAGGCAGAGGUUCAUCACAUUUUACCAGAGAGUUGCGUCUGACCUGCACAUCAUAUCUGUCCCUGGGAAUCUACACGAGCACAACAAGCUGCAGAGAAAAUUCCCAACUCUCAUUUUUGAACCAAGCAACAAUAAACUAACAGUCAUGGGACCUUUCCCACACGUAGCUGAAUUUAAGGAGUUUCUUUGGAAAAAUUGUUCAACCAAGCGUCCGGCCAGCAAAACUCCAGCAGACAGUCUGAGCAACAGAAUCUCAGGGUCUUCAUCGGCACACAAAGAUCCUGAUGAUGAAUCCUGCCCGAUCUGUAUGGAAACAAUAGUCAGAAAUAAGAAAAAGACACUGCGGUGCAAGCACUCUUUCUGCAGCGAGUGUCUGGAGAAAGCUUUUGUAUACAAGCCAGUCUGUCCCACCUGUGGGGAGUUAUAUGGUACUCUAAAGGGGACACAGCCUGAUGGAGGCACUAUGGAGGACACCAAAAACGCUUCACCUUUGCCUGGUUAUGAGAAGUAUGGAACAAUAGUCAUCCACUAUUAUAUUCCAAGUGGCAUUCAAAAGGAGGAGCAUCCCAACCCAGGUCAACCAUAUGAAGGAGCAUCCCGGACAGCCUACCUUCCAGACUCCCCGGAGGGCAGGAUGGUCCUGGGCCUGCUGAGGCGAGCCUUCGAUCAGAGACUCAUUUUCACCAUCGGACGCUCCACUACCAGUGGCAGAAACAACACAGUCACAUGGAACGAUAUCCACCACAAAACCUCAACACGUGGAGGACCGACUCACUACGGAUACCCCGACCCCGAGUAUCUCAGCCGAGUUCGAGAUGAGCUGAAGGUCAAAGGAAUUGAAUAAGUUUAAGGUAAAAGAUGCAGCCGUCCCAGACUGACUGCUGCUCAUCACAAGCUGAAGCCACACGAAGCGUUUCCUCUCGUUGUGCUUUCAUGAGUCAUGAUUUUUGACAAGAAGCCAGUUUAAGUUGAUUCUCCAUUAACUCCCCCCCAUAAAAUAUCAGCUACAUUGUAUAAAUCCACUUUGGUAACACUAACCAGAGGUCUUAAUAAGGAGGAUGGCUAACAUCCCCAGGGUCACUCAGUUGUAUUGUUGGACCUGCAGUGAUUACGUUGUUUCACUGUGUCGGCUAACAAACAUGCAAAGUGCUGGGAUGAGCGUUAUCUUUAACUGUCCAUUCAUCUGAUUUUUGUGUUGUUCUUUCAUUAUAUGUAUUUAGAUGUAUGUACACUGAUCAGGAGGCAUGUUUUGUGACUGUCCAGAACUCCAGUUUCCUUUUUUUUAAAUUAUAAGCCACAUGAAGCUAAAUGAAGGUAAUGUUGAUUUCCUCUUCUGAGCACAGGCAGCCACAGCAUGGCUCCUCCAGGACUGGUGGUGCUGUUCUCCAUGCUGAUUGGUCAGUGAGCUGUGAUUGUAUACCUGUUCAAUCACACCUGUAACCUUGAACAGAACCUCCUCUUAAGCAGUUUAGAGUCGAUGUACGAGGUGAGAAGUGAAUCAUCACUAAACAAACUAAAGUAACCUUCAGCCCAAAUCACACUUUGAGCUAAAAAGUUGCUCUCCAGAGCAUCCAUCAGAGUAUGAAGUGUGUGACGUUUAACACACACUUACACAGAAAGAGCAUACAGUGCUUGUAUGAAUGAGGCAAGUUGUGUGAAGCGCUUUGAGUGCGCUUUAGAAGAACUGUUCCAUUUACUAUUCAGGUUUGUGGUGACAGAGUGCUGAGUGCAGUGUAGUGUAUCAGUGUGACACAGUCCACUCUACCUGGUGUUUACGUUCAAACCUAAGCACCUAAAGAACGCGUGGAUGGACGUCCCUGUAAGACUUCAUUAGUGUUUGGUGAAGCUGUGUUUAUCAGUACGGCACAGCAGGCUGCACCACACAUCUGUGCCCAGCUGUGUCAUCCGUCAUUUGGUGGACUUUGUAUAAAAGCUGCAUUUAUAAAUUAAUUCACUGUGUUGCAAACAAAUAACAACAAAAACCAUGAGUAGGUGUGUCUGUGACUUCUGUUCAGUAAUUUUCAUUGAAGCUGGCCUGGCAGAUUAGUGCUACACAGCUCACACAAGCACAGAGACAUGGUUUAAACAUCUAAGUCACACGUUAUGAUCUGGCUGUUCUUGGAUCUGUUCUCAGGACAGUACACAGACUGGACAUCCCUUUAUUUAGAGAGCACAUCACUUUGCUGCAACAUGUCAUGCCUUAUGCACAAGCCUCCUGAUGGAUUUGUCUCUUCCCUUGUUAGAUAUGGAAAAGAAGAAGGCCAUCCUAAUUAAGCAACAUCCUUCAUCACAUCCAUGAGGAUCAAACCUGUGACCCAACAGUGUAAAACAAGCAUUUAGACCAAACUAUGGUUCAUGGGGAAAAGGCUUUGUACAUUUUGACAGUGAACCAUAAACUUAUGCCUAAUUCAAACACAUCAAUAGGAGGAUGUGAGGUUCGAUUCUUCAGUCUGACAUGUACCCAGAUAUCCAACAGAGAGAUCAAUCUGAGGAGUUUAGCUAAAACGUAGAGACAAUGGCUCCAUCGGCUCCAUUGAGAACCACAGUGGACAAAGAC